AUGUCUGUAGAGGAAGAAGCAAUAAUACCUGAUUACGGCUGCGACAAACUAUGCCCGCAUGAUGCCACGGUUGUAGCAGAAGAGAGGGCUCGACGUGGGACUUUUCUCUUCAACAAUCUGUGUGCCCUGAAAGCGGACCCGGGGCCUUGCAGGGCGUUAAGGGACAGAUUCUUCUUCAAUGUGGACACGGGCCGUUGCGAGCAAUUUGAAUACGGUGGUUGUAGAGGGAAUAAGAACAACUUUGAAACCCUGGAAGCAUGCCAAAAAGUGUGUCUCGUCUCAGAUGAUAAGAAUCCGUGUGAUUUACCCCAAGUGGAAGGUCCCUGUCGCGCCCUGAUGCCUCGUUUCUACUUUGACAGCAAAAGUCGGCAGUGCAAGCACUUCUAUUACGGCGGUUGCUUUGGCAAUGCCAACAAUUUCUUUAGUAUGGCUGCGUGCGAGGAGAAAUGUCAAAGACAAGGUCAGCACUUGGUCAACAAGACUGUGGUGCAAAUGAACGGCACCGAUUCAAAGUCCUCACCAGAUGUAAAGCAGGAGGACAGGUGCUCCAGUCCUAUUGACAGAGGAACUUGUGACGGAAGCAUGCGCAGGUUUGCUUACAACCCCGCGACCAGAAGAUGUCAGGAGUUCACGUACAGCGGCUGUGGAGGGAACAACAACAACUUCAAACACCGGAGACAGUGUUUUAGGAAGUGCGUUAAAAACCAGAAAGAUGGUGGGAUGAAGAUGAUCCGGAUAAGGAAGAAAAACAUCCCCAAAAUUCUUCUCGACUCGGUCUGA